AUGUUCUCCUACUCGCUUUUGCUACUCCGGUGGCAUGGAGAUACCAAUGCUUGGGAGUCGCUUUACAUCGUGCCUGGUGGGUUUGGGGCUGGUCUGGUACAGUCGGCGGGAUUCAUCAGCAUUCAAGCCGCAGCCAAUCCCAAGCACAAGGCCGCAGUGACGUCGGGAAUGUUUCUGACGUUCCAGAUCGGCAUGAUCCUCGGCCUGUCAUGUGUCAGUGCAGUCAUGAUGGAAACGAUGAGAUGGCGGCUAGAUGCGUUGCUGGAAGGCAUGGACCUCAGCGCAGUAGUGCGAAAGCAGAUUAUCGCAAAAGCGACGUCGAGCGUUGACUACAUUGAUCAUGCAGAUAAAAAGAUUUCAGCAGCCAUUGUGCAGGCGUACGUUGAGGGUUUGGGCUUUAGCCACGGUUUCUCACUCAUCUCAUCAGCGCUGGCAUUGAUCGCGGCUGUUUUCGUAAGAGAGCAUAAGCUGUAA